AUGAGCCUGAACGUCCCGGGAAUAGUGGUGAUGGUGCUCUUCUACCUGCUGGUGCUGGGCACCGGCAUCUUGGCCUCCUUGAAGACCAAGCGGCUGAAGAAGAACAGCCAGGGUGACCAAACAGAGAUCACUCUGCUGGGCAACAGAGGGAUCAGCCUGGCGGUGGGAGUCUUCACCAUGACAGCUACAUUUGUUGGAGGGGGCUUCAUUGUUGGUUUGACAGAGGUAGUGUACGAUCCAACUAUGGGACUGACGUGGGGUGUCAUGCCGGCCGGAAUAGCCGUGGCUUUCAUUGUUGGGGGACUUUUUUUCGCCAAGAAGAUGAGAGACAAAAGAUAUGUGACGAUGAUGGACCCGUUCCAGAUAAAGUACGGAAAUGUAGUAAGUGCAGUUCUGUCGGUGGCACUGCUGAUAUCCGACGUAAUCUGGGUUACAGGAACUCUAAUUGGUUUAGGUGGAACAAUGAGUGUUGUCCUGGAUUUGCCCUAUUCUGUUUGCAUUUGGAUCUCUGCUUCAGUAGCCAUCAUCUACACACUGAUGGGAGGCCUCUACUCUGUCGCCUACACAGACAUCAUACAGUUAACCCUCAUAUUCAUUGGUUUGUGGUUAUGUGUCCCCUUCAUCUUUAUGAGCCCCCAUUCAACGGACAUCACCAAGACUGCUUUCAACUUCACCUACCAGGCCCCCUGGAUGGGUUCAGUGGACAUAGAUAAUGCGUGGAGGUGGAUUGAUAAUUUAUUUUUAUUGACAUUCGGUAACCUUGGAUGUCAGGCCUUCCACCAAAGGACGCUGUCAGCUGCCUCAUCAGAGAAAGCCAGGCUCUCCUGUUUUAUUGCAGCUCCCCUCAUCUUAAUACUCGGGAUCCCAUCCGCGUUGAUUGGAGCAGUGGCAGCAUCCACAGAUUGGAACAUGACCGCGUACGGCUCCCCGUCACCAUUCGAGCGUGGAGAGGCCAGUCAGGUCCUGCCCAUUGCUCUGCAGCAGCUCACUCCAGACUACAUCUCCAUCAUCGGUAUAGGAGCUAUAGCUGCUGCGGUGAUGUCAUCGAUAGACUCGGCCUUAUUGUCUGCUGCCUCCAUCUUCACAUACAAUAUCUAUAAGAACAUUGUGAGAACUACGGCAUCAGAUCAAGAGCUCCAGUGGGUGAUCCGUGCCACCGUGGUGUCGGUGGGCAUAGCUGGCACCACGCUCACCUUCGUACACAACAGCAUUAUGUUUUUCUGGAUCCUGGGCACAGGCAUCACCUACACCAUCAUAUUCCCCCAACUCGUCUGCGUCCUCUUCUUUCAAAUCUCAAAUGGCUACGGCUCCAUCGUGGGCUUUUUCGUUGGAGUGUUGCUGAAGGUGCUGAGUGGCGAGCCAAUAAUAGGGUUGCCUAUUGUUCUCCACUUCCCAGGUUGCACACUUGAGAAUGGUGAAUACGUGCAGUACUCUCCUGUUCAUACUAUCUGCAUGUUGUCCAACAUGUUUGCUACUUUGUUGUUCUCCUACCUAGCUUCACUGCUCUUCAAUAGAGGACUGAUUCCUGAGAGGUGGGACGUAUUUAAAGUGAAAACCCCCAAACUGCCAAAGAAAAAAACGCUAGUGAGUUGCACCACCAAAACUGACGAGGAGAAACCUGAAGUUCAUAAUGAGAUGGUAAUAAUGUUGACUACAAGUCAGCAGGAUUGA